UGAGUACUUGACCCUUUAUGCCCCAUGGUAUUUGAAUCCUCAUGUAACAAAUUUUUAGAUUUUUAACAUUGACAUGCUACAUAGACUCAAUAUCCAUGGAGGAUGACACUAGGGCAAGUUUGUUUUUCCUAAACGAGGACGAGGAGAACGAGGUGGUGUGAGUCUGUGUGUGUCGUUCACUUUGAAGUGGUUUGUCGGCAAUGGAGAUGAGCACGUUGGCUUCGUUCCCUUGCUUCUCAACAUCAAAACCUUCUCUUGUGAAGCUCAGGCCAUCAUCAUCGUUAUCUAUGCGACCUGACUACCCUCUUGCAAGCAAAAUUGUUGUUAAAAAUUUACCAUAUUCUACUGGUGAGACUACUUUGCAGAAGGAAUUUUCAAAUUUUGGCAAGAUAGCUGAAGUUAAAAUGGUUAAAGAUGCAAACACGAAAAGAUCUAAGGGGUAUGCUUUUAUUCAAUACACAUGUCGAGACGCUGCCAUGCUUGCUCUAGAAACCAUGGAUCAAAAGGAUUUUUAUGGAAGGACGAUCUAUGUCGAAAUUGCAAAACUGGGUUGGGAUGAUUUUGAUGCACCCAUAAAGACCUCAGGGCCCCCAAAGAAGUGGAAUAUUCCAGAGGAAGAGGAAGUGGUAGAUUGCUGGUACUGAUAAAAAUUCAGAAUGAAUAAAGCUGUAGAAGAGAAAAUUAUGUAACAAACAACAACUAUCAUGUUUAUACAAGAAUAGCUAUAGGCUCGAUGGCACACUAGAUUUUAGUAAUAUUGUUGAUAUACUGUAGUUCAUGGUGAUCAUUCAUGUUAUUUUCAUUGUGGCACAAAUUGAAAGGUGUCUUUUGAAAACCAGUUCUGGUGGACAUGAACUUGAAUCAGCCUCUAGAGUUGUCUGUUUGGAUGGUUUAAAUUUAAAAUAUGAUACUAGGUUUAUAUUCAAUC